AGGACACUGUCACAGAGGAGGAGAGGAGGACACUGUCACAGAGGAGGAGAGGAGGACACUGUCACAGAGGAGGAGAGGAGGACACUGUCACAGAGAGAAAGACGAGGACGCCAGCAGACGUUUGAAGGGGUCGGGCCAAAGUGGGCGGAGUCUGUUUGGAGGUCGGGCAGUCACACGGACUCAGAACCUCCCCCAGCCCCAGCCCCCGCACCCCCCUCAUCCUGGGCGACGCUGAGACGCCACCAUGAGCGACCAGAACGUGGUCAAGGAAGGCUGGGUCCAAAAACGAGGCGAAUACAUCAAGAACUGGCGUCCUCGCUACUUCCUGCUGAAGACGGACGGCUCGUUCAUCGGUUACAAGGACAAGCCGCAGGACUCGGACCUGGCGUACCCUCUCAACAACUUCUCUGUAGCAAAAUGUCAGCUGAUGAAAACAGAGCGUCCCAAACCAAACACCUUCAUCAUCCGCUGCCUGCAGUGGACCACCGUCAUCGAGAGAACCUUCCACGUGGACACGCCCGACGAGAGGGAUGAGUGGGCGGAGGCCAUCCAGACGGUGGCCGACUCUCUGGCCAAGCAGGAGGAGGAGGGCAUCCUCAGCAGCCCCACCUCCAAUAUUGAGAACGUCAACGAGGAGGAGAUGGACACCUCCAUCAGCCACUACAAACGCAAGACCAUGAACGACUUCGACUAUCUCAAGCUCCUGGGCAAAGGAACGUUUGGCAAAGUCAUCCUGGUGCGCGAGAAGGCCAGCGGCACGUACUACGCCAUGAAGAUCCUGAAGAAGGAAGUCAUCAUCGCCAAGGAUGAAGUGGCUCACACGCUCACGGAAAGUCGAGUGUUGAAAAACACGCGGCAUCCCUUCCUGACCUCGCUCAAGUACUCCUUCCAGACCAAGGACCGCCUCUGCUUCGUCAUGGAAUACGUCAACGGAGGAGAGUUGUUUUUCCACCUGUCAAGAGAACGAGUCUUUUCCGAGGACCGCACGCGCUUCUACGGCGGCGAGAUCGUCUCGGCGCUGGACUACCUGCAUUCCGCCAAGAUCGUGUACCGGGACCUGAAGCUGGAGAACCUGAUGUUGGACAAAGACGGACACAUCAAGAUCACGGACUUCGGCCUGUGCAAGGAAGGCAUCACGGACACGGCCACCAUGAAGACCUUCUGCGGCACGCCCGAGUACUUGGCGCCUGAGGUGCUGGAGGACAACGACUACGGCCGGGCGGUGGACUGGUGGGGUCUGGGUGUGGUCACGUACGAGAUGAUGUGCGGCCGCCUGCCCUUCUACAACCAGGACCACGAGAAGCUGUUUGAGCUCAUCCUCAUGGAGGAGAUCAAGUUCCCACGCACGCUGUCUGCUGACGCCAAGUCACUGCUGUCGGGUCUGCUCAUCAAGGACCCCAACAAGCGGCUGGGUGGAGGACCGGAGGACGCCAAGGAGAUCAUGCGACACAGUUUCUUUGGCACCGUGGACUGGCAGGACGUGUACGACAAGAAGAUGGUUCCACCCUUCCAGCCGCAGGUGUCCUCGGAGACGGACACGCGCUAUUUUGACGAGGAGUUCACCGCACAGACCAUCACCAUCACUCCACCAGAGAAAUAUGACGAGGACGGGAUGGACGCGGCCGACAACGAGCGGAGGCCUCACUUCCCGCAGUUCUCCUACUCGGCCAGCGGGCGGGAGUGAGCGCGGCCCGCCGGCGGCGACCAUUUUGAGGAAACCACGUAGCCAUUUUAGGAAAAACAAAUACCAGUCUGUCCUCUCUGUGGUCCUCCCGGCGCACGGAGGAAAGUCUGGCUGGGACUCCAGGAGGUUUUUGCACAGUGGCCGCGCGUCCACACUAAAGAUGAGUCUGCCACACCUUUUCUCUUAUUUAUUUUCUCCCCCGUCAGUAUUACCUUCACCUCGCUUCUUCUCGCCAUCUUCUUUUUUUUUUUUUUUUGCACUUGCUUCUGGGAGAGCCGCUUUUGGGGGAACUAAGGACCGAAACAUGUUGCCUUACGUCGCAGCUCCCCGGCUCACCUGAAACCAAACCUGGGUCUCCUCCUCCUCCGGUUGCCGUGGCAACGCACCUUCCCCCGGACGGCCACGGGGCAGGAAAGUCCGCAGCGUUCUGACCCUGGUCUUCUGGUUAGAACACCACACACACACACUGCCAGCAUCCUCCUCUUCCAGUGCGUCACACACACACACACAACACACACACACACACACACAACACACACACACACACACACAACACACACACACACGCACACAACACACACACACACACACCAAAUGAACGCACUCUUCAAAGUUUCCACGCGGUCCGCGGGCAAGAACGCCGUGGACGUUCGCGACUAAGCUGGGCGGCCGGCUGAGCCAGGAGGGAGGAAAUAGGCCUCCUUCAAAAUAAGAGCAUGACCCCGUUGAAAGAGAAGGAAGGUUGCAGGUUGCAUGCGGCGGACGUUUGCUCGCCGCGCGGCGACACUUCCAGCGAGGAGUCUUUGUGUACAUAUUUCAGAGUUAUGCAAUACGCACUCACGGCGGGGGAGGGGAAGGUCCACAUUCCGCGCGUGCGCUCAAAAGACUUCAGAUCUUCUCCACAUCCUUUUCUACUCGGCGUCUCUGCUGUUGCCAUGGAGACAGACGUCCGCCCCUCCCUCGCCCCCCUCCUCCUCUGUUGCCAUGGUUCCCGCUAGCGACUCAUUGUCACCUUUCUUUGUUCACCGUAAGAUUUUUUUUAUUUUUUUUGUCGUCGUUUUGCUGGUUCGGUCCCCCCCUCGUCCUCUCUGGCUCCGCCCCCUUUCUUCUUCUGGUCCUCCUUUUUAGGCAGUGUUAACUCCCACCUGGCUGGAGGACCGUGAUGGAUGCAUUAACGGAAGUCUUUUUAUUUCUUUUCUUCUCGAUUCUUUGCUUGUUUUCUUACCAAAAGAUUAGGGCAAGAUCCUUUGCUGUGCUAGUAUUUAUUUUCAAGGAAAUUAAAACAAAUACAUUU